AAACAUCGUCGCCCGACAAUUUUUCAAACUAUGUUUGGAUGUUCCUCCUGUAGAGGGACGCGGCCAAAUCAAGGGUAGCGCGCAUCGUCGAAGGCCGGCGGAGGCGGGCGGACGCCUAACGCGACUGCCUACCGAGCCACCUCAAUCUGGAAAAAAACAUCGCGGAACCCACGCACCGCCCAACCCGAAAGUCGGAGGGUCUGGGAGUUUCGAGAUGGGCUGGGUUGGCCUGGUAAGUAAUGGAAGCGCCCCACGGCUGCACAUACACAUGUGCAGCGUCGGCGGCCACAUGCAGGCCGAAUGCUACACCAGAGACGUAGAAGAAAACGCGGCCGGUAUGCGACUGAGCUCGGCGAAGGCCCAACGCGGCAGCAACACUUCACCCCCUCCUCCACUGGAUUCAGCCCAUGGGUCCGAGGAGGAGGAUGAUGAUGUACAACCACGUUCGGGGCCCAAUCGCGCCUUGAAAGCAUUCAAACGCAGAGAAUUGAGCCUGCGCCGGGCCAAACUGGCGUGA